GGUGAAAAGAGAUAAGAAAGGAGGGAGUUUCAAGCAGAGGCUGAGAUAAACCAAAUUGAAUGCUUUACCAAACUCACAGAACUAUCUCUCAUUGACCCUCUCUUUUUCAUUUCUUCUUCUUUUUUUUUGCUCUCACCGCCGCCCCUCCUUCCACCUCCAUCUCUCUGUCUCUCAGGUUUAUAGGAAAUGGAAGCAGCAGCGUUGAAAAGCAGCAUCAGGAAAGAAAUGGCUUUCAAAACGACGACGACGCUGCCCGUUUACGAAGACUUUCUGGCCGUCACCACCGCCGAGGAUUUCUCCGUCGACGACUUCUUCGACUUGUCUAAGGACGACGUUUUCACGGAAGAAGAGGCUGAACAGCAAGAGAUGCUCCUCCACGUUUCCUCCGAGGACAACGGUGACGCUCUUCGCCAGAGUAACAAGGACGGUUUUGGGUCUCUCCCUCCAGGCGAACUCUCCGUUCCGACGGAUGAAAUAGCGGAGCUUGAGUGGCUAUCCCAUUUCAUAGAGGAUUCAUUCACUGAAUAUUCUACUCCAAAUCUCACCGGAACCCCCACUGAAAAACCAGCCUGGUUAACCGGUCUGACUCCUCCUCCCACACAAGACUCUUGUUUCAAAUCCCCUGUUCCCUCUAAAUCCCGUACCAAACGCAACCGGUAUGGAACCAACUUCUGGUCGCUUGGAUCUUCCUCCUCUUCAGGCCAUUCCUCCUCGACUUCGACUUCCUCCUCCUCUUCUGGUCCUUCCAACACGUGGUUCUCUGGCGCUGAGCUUCUCGAACCACUCUCCCCGUCGGAGAAACCACCGGUUCCCAAAAAGCAUAAGAAAAGGUCAGCUGAGUCUGUUUUCAGCGGUCAGCUACUGGAGGAGCAUCAGCAGCCCUCUCGACGGUGCAGCCACUGUGGCGUUCAGAAGACUCCUCAGUGGCGAGCUGGACCAAUGGGAGCCAAGACGCUGUGCAAUGCGUGCGGGGUGAGGUAUAAGUCGGGUCGGUUACUACCAGAAUACAGACCCGCUUGUAGCCCGACAUUCUCAAGCGAGCUCCACUCUAACCACCACCGCAAAGUCAUGGAGAUGCGGCGGAAAAAGGAGCCUGCGGAUGACAACGAAACCGGUGUAAACCAGCUGGUUCGGUCCUCACAAGCUGUACCAAGUUUUUGAAGUACACAAGGCCUCGAAAUUAGAGCUGAGAGUUAGGAAGUUGGCCCGGUUCAGUCAGUUUGUAGCCUCGAGUCUAGUAUCUCGUUGACUUUUUGUAUGAUAUUUUUAGCAGUUACAUUUUUUUGGUUAUCGUAAUCUGAUUUUUCAUGCUAGGAGUCUAGGUAAGUUUUUAGUAACUGAUUAGGUCAAAAACUCAUUGUGCCGUAUUCGUUCGCAUUAGCUUUUCAGUUUUAAAUU